AUGUCGCUGGACGCGGUCGCCAAGCAUGCGUUCGCGUACGAAGGCGGCGACGUUGUCCUCGCCGACGAGCACACGGUUGUGACGCGCUGCGGCAACCUCCUCAAGUUCUCGUCCGUCGUGAGCAACUCGCAGCACUUUUUACCGCGGGCCAAGGCCUCGCGCAUCGUGGCCUUUGACGUCAACCCCAAGACAGCCUCGAUCGCGCUCGCCGCCUGCGAAGAGAACGCGAGCAUCGACAUCUACGCGCUGCCCGACAAGCGCUGGAAAGGCCGGCUGCCCAACGACACGGCGGCGUUCGAGUACCACUUGCUCAAGUUUUCGCGCUGCGGCUCGCGCCUCUUGUCGCUUGGAACCGACCACGGCAACCAGCUGCGGGUUUGGGACCUGGACCGCUUUGAUGCAAUCGACGGUUGCCUCGCGACGCUGCCGCAUCGGUACUCGUUUGCGUCCUUCAACCCGCUCAAUCCCGACCAGUUUGUCCUCGGCGGCGAUCGUGGCAUCGUCUUUUGGCGCGUCUGCAAGGUCCAAACAACCUUUUGCCUCAGCCGCAUGGACGCCGCCGUAACCAGCUCCGGCGAGUACGCCGGCAGCGCCGUCUCGUCCGAGGAGGCGGCCGAGAAGCGCCGUGAAUACACCUGCCACUGCUGGAGCAAGGACGGCAAGCUCUUUGCCGCCAACCGUAUGGGCGAGCUCGUCAAGCUCGACCCGACGCGCGGCGAGAUCCUCGCGGUCGUCGUCCUAUCGCGCACCGCCGUGCUCGCGUCGCUCGUGCUCACGGCCGAGUGCCUCGUCGCUGGCUUCUCGGACGGAUCGGUGCGCUGGCUCCACGACCACGACUACUCCGUCUUGCAAACGCGGCUCGUCGGCCUCGGGCUCUCGCCCAGCCACGCGCGCAUCGUGCUCGGAAGCUCGGCCGGCGGCCUCUACGAGCUCACAGCGCUUGUCGACGUUGACGAAGAUGAGAAAUCGCCGGCCGCCAACGCCGCGUCGCUGCUCAACAAGCUCGGUGGCUACCACACGGGCGCCGUCCUGAGCAUGGCGCUGCUCAUUCCCGCGGGCGGUACGACCAACGAUGCGGUCGUUGUCUCGGGCGGCGUCUCGGGUGCGCUCUACUUCUGGACCGUCCAGAGCUGCAAGGGCAUUGCCGUCUCGUCGCUCACCGAUCUCUUCGAGUCGGCGCCAAAGACCAUGAUCACCGCGGUCGCGGCGCGGUACCUCGACCCGAUCGUCGUCGUUGGUGACGCGACCGGCCACGUGCGCAUUCUAAGUGUUGCCAAGGUCGCGGCGGCGUCGAUUGAUGUGGCGCCGAUUCACUGCGCGCGCGUGUGCACAACGGCAAUCGAUAUGAUCGAGAUCCACCCGGCGUCUGCCCUCGCCCUCCUCGCAUCCUCGAGCAGCCACGUGGUGUACAUCAUGUCUCUGGACCCGGAGCGUCGUUUUCGUAUCCUCGGAUUCGCGCAGGGCCCGAGUCCAAGCGCGCGCCUCUCGAUGGUCAAAUGGGUGCCCACGUCGAGCCUCGACACGUCGGCCUUUGUCGCGUCCCUCGGCCACGAGACGUUCUACUGCGCACUCACCAACUUGGACGAGCGCAUCGCGAUCGAGUUCCACUUGAUGCUCCUUGGCGCGUUCCAGCCGUCGACGGUCGCCCAGCGAGGCGUCUUUCUCAGCCCUUCCCAUGCGCUCAAGCUAUUGACGUACGUCAACUUCAACGCCAAGCACGUGAGCGUGCUCCGCAUCAACGACGCGCCAAAGACGAUCAAGUCGGUCGAAGCGAAGCUGCUGCAUGCGGACGCCCACGCCAAGCCGUUGACGGCGAUCGCCAAGAGUCCGUUUGCGUCUCGGGACGGCGCCGAGAUCUUUGCGACGGGUGCGGCCGACGGCACGCUCUCGCUCUGGCUGCUCCAGCCCACGACCGUCGGGCUAACGCUCAACGAUACCGUGUGGCACUUCGCCAAGCAAAAGAGUCUCGUGCUGCACGCUGGUGCGAUCACGUCGAUCGUGUUUUCGCACGCAGAGGAUGCCACGUAUGUGUACACUUCUGGCGUCGACGGCGCCGUCUUCUGCGUCGAACUCAAGCCCGAGCACGGCUUGGGCCUUCUCAAAAGCGUCUCGGAAGGCGCGUCACCGCUCUACGUCAACCUCGGGAGGCGCUCCAACGAGCCGGAGAAGAAGGCACCGCGCUGGCACCUCACCAACGACGGACGACCUUUCCUCGACACGUACGCCGACGAGCAAGACAGCCUCGCCCGCGCGAAAUUCGAUGCGAUCAAAGACAAGAUCCGCGGGCCGUUGAGCGCCCUCCAGCUCAAGCUGCAGACGAUGCUGGCGCACAACGCCGAGCUGCCCGAGAUGGAAGCACUGGCGCGCGACGAGUUUGUCAUCAAUAGGGACCUGGAGGCGUCGCUCUUGGCGCAGAACGCGGCGCGGGCCACGGACGUCCGGUCGCACAUUGGCCGGCAAAUCGCCGAAAUGAACAUUGUGCGCGAGCGCAUGAAGGCCGAGUUCUGGGACACGGGCGACACCAAGGGCGUCGUGCUCAAAGGCCUCAACAACUCAGAACUGAUCGUGUACAACCUCCCGACGCGCAAGCUCGGAGCGGCCGAGAAGCGGCGCGAAGCCGCGGUGCAGCGCCUCCGGCAGCUCGAGUACCAAUUGGCGCGGCUCGAGCCGAGUGAGUCGGUGCGGACGGCGCGCCGGCAGACGUCGGCCGGGUACCACCACGCCGACUUGAUUCCGCCAGCAAUCACAUGGAUGGUGAACGCCGGCUUGCUGCACCCGACGCUCGGGAAGCGCGAGGCGCCGCCGCCAAAGCCCGAAGAGUUCGACCUGAGUACGCCGGUGCGGCUCGUGGAUUUGAUCUACCACCCGGCCAUGAUCCGGACGCGCAAGCAGCAGCGCACGCAGAUCGCAUUGCUCCUAGCGUACGAGCGACAGCUCCUUGGCGAGUACAACAAGGACUUUGACGAGCUCGCGCGCCUCAAGGAAUCGAAGAUGGACGAGAUCGAAGCCAAGAAUGCUCGGAUCCGCGAGAUUGGCGCCGAACUCCAAGUGCAUGAAUCGCCUGCCGUCUACUCGUGGAGUGCGGACGAAGUCGCCGACUCGGUGCUCUCGCUUCGCCCUGGCGAAAUGACCAAGACACCCACGCAACCAAAAGACGAUGUCGCUGGCCGCGCGCUCCGCGACAUGAUGAACGGCACGCUCGAGGUCAAGAAGGAACUGGUCCAGGGUUCGAGCCUCGUGCGCGAGCCAUGGAUGGACGAGACGCCGGCCGACGAACUCUCGCCCGAGCAAAAGCUCAAGCUGCAAGCGUACGACGCCGAGGCCGCGCGCAUCGCCGACGAGAAGGAAAAGUACAAAAAGUCGCUCGACCUCGAACUCAAGAAACUCAAAGCCGACAUUGCCGACAUCUGCCGCGGCUUUGACGAGAAGCUCAAGACGCUCCAGGACAUGUACCUCGCGACGCGACUCAGUGUUCUCACGCAGCAGAUGUACAUGCUGCGGCUCGGCGACGUCCUCCUGAGCCACGAGCAUAUCUGCCACGACCUCGCGAGUCUCUCGUCCGAGAUUGCGUCGAUCGAAACCGAGAUUGCUUCGCUCCAUGUCGACCACGCGCAGUUCGAGGCGCGCCUCGAGAGCUGCAAGGACGAGUGGCACAAGUCGAUGGACGACGACAAGGCGCUCGAGAGGGCGUUUCCGCGCGAGAUCGAAGAGGCUGCGGGCGCCCCGCUCGAGCACGACGUGUUGCGGUCGCUCACCGAGCUCUACCGCAAGCGCCGGUCC